AUGGCAUGUUUUACUUUGAAGGUGGAAUGGCUGCAACAGCAGGUGGUCCACAGGAGAGCAAAGAGGACCUCUGGAAAAAGCCAAAUCCAUGUUCCGAACUUGGAGACCAAAGACCUUCAUGCUCAUCAGUCUAACCACACCCUGAUGGAGCACUUUAUUGCUCCUGUGUGGAACAGGUUGUGGCACAUUCACUGCAGUGGUGAGUUAAAUGCCUGCCAGUUUCACAUGAACAUUGCAGGGGCCUGGAGGAGAGGAUAUACUGGGAAGGAUGUGGUGGUGUCUGUCCUAGAUGAUGGCAUUGAGAAAGAGCAUCCUGAUCUGAAGCCAAAUUAUGAUCCACUUGCCAGCUAUGAUGUGAACGGACAAGACCAAGAUCCUUCUCCAAGUUAUUCUGACAAUGCUGCUAACUUCCACGGGACUCAGUGUGCAGGAAUGGUGGCUGCAACCGCAAAUAACUCACAGUGCACUGUUGGAGUCUCGUUCAAUGCUCGGAUAGGAGGCAUACGCAUGUUGGAUGGAGAUGUGACAGACAUUGUGGAAGCCCAAUCUUUAAGUUUCAGGCCACAGUAUAUUGAUAUCUACUUAGCUGGCUGGGGGCCAGAGGACGAUGGGGCCACUCUGGAUGGACCUGGACCCCUGGCUCAGCUUGCUUUGCAGAUUGGCAUUGAAAAUGGCCGACAUGGAAAGGGUUCAAUUUUUGUGUGGCCGUCGGGGAACGGAGGGCGUGCAGGUGACCACUGCUCCUGCGAUGGCUACACCAACAACAUCCACACCAUUUCUGUCAGCAGUGUCACUCACAGAGGAAUCCAUUCAGAUUACCUGGAACAAUGUUCCUCCACACUGGCAGCAGCCUACAGCGGUGAGGAGAUGGUAACCCCAGGACCACAGCAGGGCUGUUCCAGGACUCGAUCAGGGACUUCCCUCUCCUCCUCUGUGGCUGCUGGGAUCAUUGCUCUUACAUUGGAGGCCAAUCCUUCGCUAACCUGGAGGGAUGUGCAGCACAUUAUUGUUCGAACAUCAAAAUCUCAUCACCUUGUUGCUCCAGACUGGCACAUCAAUGGAGCUGGAUACAAAGUGAGCCAUCUUUAUGGCUUUGGCCUGCUGGAUGCUGAAGAAAUGGUGAAGGAGGCAGAGCGCUGGAAACCAGUCCCCUCACAGCACAAGUAUGUGGAGGAGGCUGCCAGCCAGCUGAGCAGAGUUAUUCACCCAGGCUCAGUGCUGACACAUGUCUUUGAGGCCAUGGGCUGCUCCAUCAAGGCCCUUCAAUGCGUUGUUUAUGUGGAGCACGUUGUAGUCCGUGUAACCAUCACUCACAGGCGUCGUGGCGACCUUUCCAUUACGCUCACAUCACCUUCAGGCACUGUGUCACAACUGCUAGCUAACAGACCUUUUGACAACUCCACUGAGGGAUUUCAGGACUGGGAGUUCAUGACAACUCAUUGCUGGGGGGAGCGGGCAGCAGGGAAGUGGACUUUGAAAGUCAUGAAUACUCCAUCUCAGAAGCAAGUCAGUGCUAAUAGAGGGAUGCUAAAGAAGUGGUCUCUGGUGAUUUAUGGCACUGCAGAGCAGCCGUAUCACAUGCAUCGUCAGCGACCCCGAUCAGCUGAGUUCUCAGAGGAUACAGAUCUCACAGAGGCAUACAAUGGACCCUGUGACCCAGAAUGCAAUGAUGACGGCUGUGACGGGCCCAGCCCACAGCAGUGUGUCACAUGCUUGCAUUUUUUUCUCAAGUUCAAGAACAACUCAAGACUAUGUGUAUCAGAGUGUCCCAGUGGGUUCUGGGGAGACCAUCGACGCUGUAAAAAGUGCUAUUCUUCAUGUGAGAGCUGCACAGGAAGUCGUAGUGACCAAUGCACUUCCUGUCAGCCUGGUCAUCACCUUACGGAAGGGGCUAAUACCUGCACAGCCACCUGUGGGGACGGCUACUACCUCGAUCAUGAUACACAUAUGUGCAGAAAGUGCAGUGAAAACUGCUUGAAGUGCACCUCUUACAGCAUCUGCACAGAAUGCAAAAUAGACACAAGUCUGCAGGGGAACCGUUGCCAGCGGAGCUGUGUGGACGGGUUCUACUAUGACACACAGGAAGACAAAUGCAAACCCUGUCACAAGGCCUGUGCUACCUGUGCAGGUGCAGGUGUUCAGGCAUGCAACCGAUGUGCAGAAGGCUUCUUGAUGGAAGAGUGGAGGUGCGUGUCCUCCUGCAGUGCUGGCUUCUACGCCACACAGCCAAGCCCAGAGUUAGUUGAUGGCCACAGGAUAUGUAGGAGGUGUGAUGCCAGCUGUCUCACCUGUGUGGGUCUGGGUUGGGCGAACUGCAGCAGCUGUUCCAGAGGUCAUAGCCUUCAGGAAGGAGUGUGUGUUAUCAACACAGAGUGCACAGACGGAGAAUAUCAGGACAGUAAUGAGGCAUGUCAUCCAUGUCAUACAACGUGUCUGAAAUGCACAGGGCCACAAAGCAAAGACUGCAUCAGCUGUGGUUCUUCACGAUCUCUGGAUGAGGGCCGUUGUUUGGUGACAUGUGCCAAGGGCAAGUACCAAUCUGGUGGGCUGUGUCACGUGUGUGACCACACCUGUGCCACAUGUGUAGAUGCAGGACCUGCCAAUUGUACUAGCUGUGACACAGAUAAGUUUGGGAUGGAGCGUUACCUGCAUAAAGGCAUGUGUCUGGACACCUGUCCUGAGGCCUUCUACCACACCACUGAGAGCACCUGUGAGCCCUGCUCUGAAAACUGUCACGUCUGCACCAGCCACAACCACUGCUUGAAGUGCAACUCUUCUUACUACGUGUCAGAUGGAGUGUGUGUCAAGCAGGAGUGUGGAGAAGGAGAGGUGGAGGAUCCAGAUUAUGACGACUGCAUGCCUUGUGAGGAAGGCUGCAGGAAGUGUGUUUUGUAUAACCCCAGGCACUGCCUGUCCUGCACCGAGGGGUUUUACAACUUUCAGGAUGGCUGCUACAAAUCCUGCCCAGCCAAGACAUACAGCAUGGAGGAGGAGAUGACCUGCGCUCCAUGUGACGACAACUGUGUGAGCUGUGAUCAACAUGAGUGCUACUGGUGUGAGACUGACCUCUUCUUAUCAGAGGGGAAGUGUGUCUCGGUCUGUCCUGGUGGUUUCUACGGCAACGAAGAGUCCAACGACUGUGAGGAGUGUCACUUGGACUGUACAACGUGUGUCGGCCCCGAGGACAGCGACUGUCUGUCGUGUGAGGAAGGACAGGCGCUUGAUGAUGGGGAGUGUGUGCCCAAGGAUGACGUCUGUCCUGUUAAGACCUUUCUCAGUGAUGAUGGUGAGUGUGAAGACUGUCACCCAUCCUGUGAAUCCUGCUCUGGACUGGAGAAAAACCAGUGCCAAACAUGUGGAAAAGGGCGAUUUUUGACUACGCAGCAAACAUGUGUGUCAAAGUGUCCAGUGGGCUUCUUCGCCAGUCGGCAGAGUGGUGUGUGUGAGGCUUGCCCUCAGGGCUGCUUGCAGUGUUUCAGUGCGCAGCGCUGCAGCCGCUGUCAGAGCUUUCCCAAAGCUCUGUUUUUCCUGCAAAAUGGGCAGUGUGUUCCAGAGUGCAUCAGGGGUCACCCUGUAGGCCAGCUGUGUCAUGCCUGUGCACUUGGCUGUGCCUCUUGUGAGGGGAACGCCACUCACUGCCUAACCUGUGAAGAGCCUCUCCUCCUGCAUAACCACCAGUGUGUGGAGGAGUGCCCUCCAGCACAUACCGUCCAGGAAGGGGAGUGUCAUCAGGGGUGCUCUCCACCCUGUCGAGAGUGCAACCAGGCUGGGCAGUGCACAGCAUGCGAGGAGUAUCACUUUCUCCAUGAGGGUCUGUGUGUUCCUAGUUGUCCUGAGAGUUUUUUUGAGGAUGACCAACAAGAGGAGUGUGUGCGUUGCCAUGUUGACUGCGCUUUAUGUGAUGGCCCGAACAGCGAUGACUGCGAUGCCUGCAUCGACUCUGAGGCCACCCUGCACAAUGGAGCCUGUCUGACACCCUGUCCCUCUCAUACGUACAGGGACACUAUGACAGGAGAGUGUGAAGGAAAAGAUUCCCAAUCCUGUGAUUCAUGCUACCCAGGGUACCAACUAUCACAUGGGAGGUGUGAGUCUAUGUGUGAUCCAGGCCAGUAUCCUCUUAAUAAGGGUUCAGACUUCACUUGUGAAGACUGUCAUAGCUCUUGUCUGGAGUGUUGGGGGCCCGGUCCGUCCAACUGCACCAUCUGUCCUGCUCAGGCCAUCUUAGAAGCAGGAGGGCGAUGUCUGCUGUGUUGCCGCCAUGAAAAAGAAGGAAAGGACAUUGACGUGCGACAGCAGGAUUGUUGCAACUGCACUGAAACUCGAGGACAGUGCAUCCUCAGCUCAAACCUGCCAUUCAGAAAUGAGGAGGAAGAGGAGGCUAGAGGGAACCUGACCAUCUUCAUCAUUGCUUCUGUCCUGCUUGUGUUGGGACUCGUGGCUGUUGGCUUCCUCAUCAAACAUUCCCGGUCCAAAAAAAACCCCUCAGACCUCCCUCCUCGUGGUUACAAGAAGCUGGGCUCCAGUGGAGGGUUAGGAAGUGACAACAGAUACGGGGGCUACACAUCAGCUUCUUCUGCAUCCUACAGCGGCCGCGCCGGCUCCUCAGGAGGCCGAUUCCAGGAGGCUGAGCUGGUUGACUUCUCUGAGCGCCGCUCAGGUAAUAAAAUAGAUGAUGAUGAAGAUGAUGAUGACGAUGAAGACAUUGUUUACAUGGGCCAGGAUGGCACCGUGUACAGGAAGUUCCGGUAUGGACAGCUGGGGGAAGAUGAGGAUGAGCUGGAGUAUGAUGAUGAGAGCUAUAGGUUCAGAUGA